AAAGGAGGAGUGAUUACACGCGCGCCGUAUCUGUGCACGCGGUAGAGUCGGUGGCGCGCAUCAGGGCGCGUUCAUGUGGUACAUCGAGCGCGCGAGACACAUUCAUCAUCUGUCCAUUCAAUUUGUACUCAGCCGCUGACCAACUCACAGCUCAGUCAUGGCCUCUGGUGUGAAAGUUACAGAUGAAGUUAUUGCUGUCUUCAAUGACAUGAAGGUGCGCAAGGCCCAGGCAAACGAGGAGGAAAAGAGAAAGAGGAAGAAGGCCAUCCUCUUCUGUCUCAGCGACGACCUCAAGUUCAUAAUCUUGGAUAAAGGCAAAGAAAUCCUGCAGGGUGACCUGGGCACCACAGUCCAAGACCCCUACCAGCACUUUGUGAGCAUGCUUCCCCCGAAAGAUUGCCGCUACGCUUUGUAUGAUGCCACCUAUGAGACCAAAGAGACAAAGAAGGAGGAUCUGGUCUUUAUUUUCUGGGCACCAGACAAUGCCCCUUUGAAGAGCAAGAUGAUUUAUGCCAGCUCAAAAGAUGCCAUUAAGAGGAAGUUUGAAGGUAUCAAGCAUGAGUGGCAAGUGAAUGGCUUGGAAGACCUGAAAGACCGACACACCUUGGCUGAGAAACUUGGUGCUGGGUCAGUAGUGAGCUUGGAAGGAUGCCCUUUAUAAACUGAGGCCUUUCAGACACAUCUGUUGGCUUUAGCUGUUCAUUCCAGUGGUUUGGAGGGGGGCAAAAGCAGAACCAGCACUGUUUAUGGGGUUCAUGGGGAGGGACAUUGUGGGUGGGGUUAGGGUAAAUGAAGAAAUGAAGACUGUCAAAAACUAAAAUUAAUAUUAUAAGAUGAAGUAAAAACCUUGAGAUACAACUGAUUGAAGGCCUAUGAAGAAGUUAAAUUAAAGGAUUGAAUUUUGUUCUCCCAUGUUAAAUUUAAAAAAAAAACAAAGGGACUCUGCCUCAUUCCAACCAUUAAAUCUGAAGAGUAUUGUUCCAACUACAUUUUUGCCAAACUUCUAGUUUAGUGUGUAGUUGAGGUUAGAUAGUCUGAAUUCACUUGUGAUUGCACAAAAAUUAAAAGCUAAUUCUCUCGGGGGAACGGGUGGUUAAAUGAUUCCUUAAUAUUUACAUUGUUGAAUUGCAAAUUCCAAUAUUUGUUUCCUUUUUUCCAGUUUAGAGUCAAACAACAUUCAAUGUAAUAAAUCACAUUCCUUGUUCUUGUAAAAAGAAAAAACAGGAUCUCCUCAAUAAAAAUGUAGUGUUCUGAAAGUGCAGCGUGAAGAGUAAAUGAAGGACCAGCCAUCUUGAGUAUAGGCUCAAACUUGACUGAUGUUUUGUAUCGUCUCCUUGUAUCUAAUAAAAAGCACUAAACUACUGAA